GUUUACAACUACAAACCAAUUUUGAAUGCCCAAGCACACAUUCUCUAAACCCUACACAACCUUGUACCCACUCCGGUCACAUCAUUCAUGAUCCUUGUUGCGUUAUUGUAGUUCUUGUUUGGAAUUUGGCUAUCAAAGAAAAAUCAAUGGCAUCAUCAUCAUCAUCAUCGUAUGUGCAACAAGAAUGGAACAAACCCGCAAAGAAAGAACCCGUUUUCACAAAAGUAUCUCAAUUGAAACCAGGAACAAAGGGUCGCACCUUGAUCGUUAAGGUUUUAUCCUCUCAAAAAAUCGAACAACCUGAGGAUAGAAGCUUUAUUCGCUCUCCUACACUCGCCGACUGUCUCAUCGGCGAUGAAACCGGCACCAUCAUUUUCAACGCUCAUGAUGAACAAGUUGAGUUGAUGAAGCCUGGAACUACUGUGAUAAUCAGCAAUGCAAAGAUUGACAUGUCUAAGGGAUCCAUGAGGCUGGUUGAUGAUGUAUGGAGUCAGAUUGAGAUCACUGAUCCUGCAACAUUUAAAGUUAAAGAGGAUAACAACCUCUCACUUAUUGAACAUGAAAAUGUGAACGCUGUUGCAGAAUAAUUCAUAGUUAAAGAGGAUAUCAGCCUAUCUCUCUUGUUUACAGGAUGCUGCUAUGGAAAAACUUAACUAGCAUAUUUUCACUUUAAUUAGCCUGGAUUUACCUUUUAAUUAACAUGCUUGACUUCAUUUUAGGGUUAAUGUUUGCCACUUGAACAAUGUUAAGGAGAAUAUAAUAGUUUUAAUGUGAUUAAGUAAUUAUCAA